AACAAACCCAACAAACUAAAUCUGUGCUCUUCACUCUUAGCUUCAGAACACUUUGAAAAAGGAAAAUGAAGGCGGCUCUCAUAUUCAUCUUUCUCUGGGGUCUCAGCAGUGCAUUUUAUAUAAACCGCUUCCAACGGAAAUGGAAAGGGGAUGAUUCUGAAGAAAAAGGGGCACUAAGAAACAGAUAUAGCAAUAUCUUUUUCAGAAAUGUUUUCUUCCACGCACCUCCAAAAUACAUAACUCAUGCUAAGGCAAGUGAUUCUUCAGAGGAAAAUGAAGAUAGCUCUGAUGAGCAGGAGGAAUCAGUGGAUGCUGGCAAAAAUGGAAACAAUACUGCGUCAGAAGAAACAGGAGCAGAGGAAGAGGAAGAGUCUGAAGGUGCCGAAGAGGAGAACGAAGGAACCUCUGCUCCAGAGGUAGAAGAUAGUACUGCAAGCCAGAAUGAGACAACUACUGAUAACGGAGAGCAGUUGAGCACGGCCCAGGAAAGCAGUACUGAAGUACAACCUACACAAGUCGCUACCAUUGAAUCUGCAACUCAGCAACUUGAAGAAACAGCUAGCAUUCCCAAUGAGCUCCCUAACCGUAAUGACUAUGAUAACGUAGGUACUGAGGAAGGUAGCAAUGCAAGCACUGCGCCUGUAUAUGAACCAGAAAGCAACGGGUAUUAUGAUGAACAUGGAUAUUAUUAUCAUGAGAAUGAAGUGGACCCUAGAGGUGUCAAAGGAGAUACUCACGGAAGGUAUGAGGAUGAUUAUCACUACAGAAACCACCUGUAUCAAAUCUACGCCCAACAAUACUAUCAGCAUUAUCAAUAGACAAACCAAUGGAAAUGAACACAUUUCAUGAUGAGUUUUAUGAGUUUAUAUGUUCUUUUUAAUUAUUGAAUUGCUAUAGUUUUAGCACUUCGGAAAGAUCCUAAGCUUUCAUCAAACACCAACACUACUCGGUUUAUAUUAAUGUUUUUAUAUUAAUAACUAGCCAUUGGAUCAGUCUAGUUUGAUUGCCCAACUCAGGUAUAUCCCUUUUCUUUCUCUUGACUAUUACUGGUGCCUAUCACUGGAAGUCUGUUUCAGAGGCUAGAGAGCCAUGAUUUCAUAUAAAAAUAGAUAUGCAUUUUUACAUGUGUAACAUUGAUAGAAAACUUCAGUAUAUUGAUUUUUUUUCCCUUAUAAAAUAAUAACAGUAUUAUUAUAAUAUUUUCAUUGAGAUACAGUGAAUAAACACAUUCUGCAAAUUCUUUCCAUAUUGUGAAGACAUCUUGGUGAAUCACAUAUUGGUAAAUCAAUGGCAAAUUAACGAAUUGAUAUUUCUGUGGUGAACCAUUCUGUGCCGUAACUAUUAGCAAGCACAUCACUCACAUGACAUCUGUUACUUAUCUAUUGAUAACUUAAAGCUCAGAGUGACUUUGCCUUCACCUCCUUGAAACCUAAUGAUGUGUCAUAUAAACAUGUACAUUUACAUUUGCUGCUUCAAGUACAUUCUAUAAAAUAUGUAAUAAUAAUAAUAAUAAUAACAUGUUUUCUGUAUUCAAAAGUUGUGUUUCCAUCUAAAUGCAAUCAAAGGAAGAAAUCUUGGAGUAAAUAUGGUUUAAUUUAAUUCCAUUUCAGAGCAGGAAAAAGAUGUCCCAUAAAUUAAAAUUAGAUGUAAUAAUGCUUUUUUUGUUUUAUCUUUUGGAUCCAUUGAGAAUAAGUGAUAAUUCAGCGAAAUAUGAACUGAAAAUAUAAAUAUAUUGUGACUUAUUAUAUUUUGAAAAAUAAAAGUUUGGCAUAGG